CUUUCUGGGAGACACGACCGGACCGCCCUGCAGUGCCCGCCCCGGGUGACGUUAGGGCGUGCUCCGUUUGCGGGCGGUUAUAGUGCUCGAAGAUUGGCCGAGGAGUAGAAGAGAGCGGGGUUGUGACGUCACGAGAAGGAGAUUUGAUUGGCGGGGGGACAAGAUGGCCGCGGCGCGUGGAGCUUGGUGUGUGCCAUGCCUUGCCUCUAAUGAGACUCUUCAAGAAUUGUGUCGGAAAGAGUCCCUUAUCUGCAAAUGUAUUGGAAUAACCAGGAGGAAUCUAAAUAAUUAUGAAGUGGAAUAUCUCUGUGACCAUAAAAUAGUAAAGGGUGCGGAGUACUUCCUUGUGAAAUGGAAAGGAUGGCCGGAGUCAAAUAAUACAUGGGAGCCCAAAGAAAACCUUAAAUGUCCAACACUUUUGAAGCACUUUUACAGUGAUCUCUACAAGUUUUUGUCUGAACUGAAGCCCAGUAAAGGAAGUGGGCUGAAGAAUAGUAUUAAAUCUUUGGACUGUUCAGUUGUUGACUAUAUUGUCAAAAGGGCUAAGCAACGAAUUAUACUUAAGCGUUGGGAGGAAGAACUGAAUAGGAAAAAAUCCCAUAAUGGAAUGCUAUUUGUGGAAAAUGAUGUGGAUCUUGAGGGUCCUCCCAGAGACUUCUAUUACAUUAAUGAUUACAAAGCCUCUCCUGGAGUUAUUACUUUGGGUGAAGCCGUUGUUGGCUGUGAAUGUAAAGAUUGCUUUACAGGUAAAUGUUGCCCUGAGGAGGCAGGGGUUCUUUUCGCUUACAAUGAACACAAACAAAUUAAGAUUCAACCUGGACGGCCUAUUUAUGAAUGCAACUCUAGAUGUAAAUGCGAUUUGGAUUGUCCCAAUCGUGUGGUACAGAAAGGGCCCCCCUACUCAUUAUGCAUCUUUAGGACACACAAUGGACGUGGCUGGGGGGUUAAAACACUCCAGAAAAUCAAGAGGCACAGCUUUGUCAUGGAAUAUGUUGGCGAGGUAAUAACAAGUGAAGAGGCAGAGAAAAGAGGUCGGCAGUAUGACAGUACAGGAAUCACUUAUCUCUUUGACUUAGACUACGAGUCAGAUGAGUUUACUGUUGAUGCCGCGCGAUAUGGGAAUGUCUCACACUUUGUAAAUCACAGUUGUGAUCCCAAUCUUCAAGUGUACAACGUUUUCAUAGAUAACUUGGACGUGCGUCUCCCUCGUAUUGCAUUGUUUUCAACAAGACCGAUCAAAGCUGGAGAGGAACUUACAUUUGAUUACCAAAUGAAAGGUUCUGGGGACCUUAGUACAGAUUCUAUUGAGUUGAGCCCAGCUAAGAAAAGAGUACGGACAACUUGCAGAUGUGGAGCUGCAACUUGCAGAGGAUUCCUUUAAUGGUUUCACCAGUCAGCUAGAUCUUCUGUAGGAAAAAACCCCAAAACUACAAGUUUACCUGAAUUUACAAGUUUGAAGACAGAAAACUCUGAUCCACAUAGGAAACAAAUGGCAUAAUAAAUGAAUUUUAAUUUAAUUUCA